CAGUUCACCUUCGUUCUCGGUCAGUGAGUGCCGCGCAGUCGAGCGAUCGGUCGUUUCGCGGAUUCGUGCUACGAAUACCAAAGUGAGUGAUUUUUGAAAAUAUUUAUCUCUGUGAAAUAAUUUAUUCAAUCAAAAUUAAGAUGGCGUGCGACAAACUCUUGUUACUUGUAGCAGCGAUAGCGCUGGUGAGUGCUGACGUAUCCCAUAUUCUGGAAGAUCCGAGCACGGAGCCUCCCCCACCUCUGCCCUACUCAUUCUCGUAUACGGCGGGCAGGUAUCCUGGACAUGCUGACAGACAACACUCCGAAGUCAGUGACGGCAGUGGAGUGGUUAAAGGUUCCUUCUCCUACGUGGACCCUAGACAGAAGAUCCGUACAGUGGACUACGUGGCGGAUAGGGAAGGCUUCCACCCCGUGCUAAGCGACGUGCCUCCCGAACAUCCCACCGACUCCGAGUCCGUGGCCCUAGCUAAGGACAGACACUUCCAACUAUAUGCUAGGAUAGCUGAGGAACACGCACAUCCUGAAAACAUCGUACCCUCAGUCCCACGUCAAACGGAAGCAGUAGCAGCAGCAGCAGCAAAACACGCGCAGCUGUUCAGAGUGAUAGCAGAACAACACGCACGCAUCGCAGCAGAAAGAGAAGCUUUACAGAGGGAGGAAGAAGAAAGGCAGCACUUGCAGGAGUUGCAGGAAAUCGGACACUAAAAGAAGGAACUCCAAAGAAC